UGCCCUAAAUAAGUCUCUCCUUCCACCUCACCUCUGUCUUUUGCCUUUUUAUCGUCUCUGUAACCUUUUCUUUUCCUUCUCUCUCCCAUCACUCCCACGCCCUCGCUUCCUCACUCACUGUAACUCCCUCUGUGCAUCACUAUAAAACCUUACUUCUCUUCCUUGUAGAGAGCGAGAGAGAGGGAGGCGGGCACAUAGAGAGAGAAAGAGUCUUCAUCAUCAAACCCUAACUCGCUCCCUUGCUGAGUAAGCCGCCAUGAAUUCCGAGUCAACUCAGCUCCAGCAAGCUCAGGUGGCCGCCAUUCUUGGUCCCGAUCUUGGUCCUUUCGAGACCCUGAUAUCACACCUCAUGUCGUCUUCCAACGAACAGCGUUCUCAAGCUGAGCUUCUCUUCAACCUCUGCAAGCAGACCGAUCCUGAUGCUCUUUCCCUCAAACUCGCCCAUCUGCUUCAGUUUUCCCAAAUCCUUGAGGCUCGUGCCAUGUCUGCAAUUCUCCUCCGAAAGCAGCUUACUCGCGAUGAUACUUAUUUAUGGCCUCGUCUUACUCCUUCGACUCAAUCAUCGCUUAAAUCUAUUCUUCUUGCCUGUAUUCAAAUUGACCAGCCUAAAUCUAUUUCCAAGAAAUUAUGCGAUACAAUUUCCGAGCUUGCUUCUGGGAUUCUUCCCGAUAAUGGUUGGCCCGAAUUAUUGCCGUUUAUGUUUCAGUGUGUAUCAUCGGACUCGCCCAGACUGCAGGAAUCUGCGUUUUUGAUCUUUGCCCAGUUGUCCCAGUACAUCGGUGAUUCCCUUACUCCUCACAUCAAGCAUCUACAUGCUGUGUUCUUGCAGUGUUUGACAUCAGCGACGGCCAAUUCUGACGUCAGGAUUGCUGCAUUGAAUGCGGUGAUCAAUUUUAUCCAGUGUCUGUCGAGUUCUACUGAUCGUGAUAGGUUUCAGGAUUUAUUACCUGCAAUGAUGCGCACUUUGACCGAAGCGUUGAAUAGCGGGCAGGAAGCUACGGCCCAGGAGGCACUUGAAUUACUGAUCGAAUUGGCUGGAACAGAGCCCAGAUUCUUGAGGAGGCAGUUGGUCGAUGUAGUCGGGGCAAUGUUGCAGAUAGCAGAGGCAGAAUCAUUGGAAGAAGGGACGAGGCAUUUAGCUGUUGAGUUCGUGAUCACACUUGCAGAAGCCAGGGAGCGAGCGCCGGGGAUGAUGAGGAAGUUGCCACAGUUCAUUAGCAGAUUGUUUGCUAUAUUGAUGAAGAUGCUCUUGGAUAUUGAGGAUGAUCCGGCGUGGCAUACUGCAGAAACUGAAGAUGAGGAUGCUGGUGAAACAAGCAAUUACAGUGUAGGCCAAGAGUGCUUGGAUAGGCUGUCUAUAUCAUUGGGUGGCAAUACCAUCGUUCCUGUUGCCUCUGAACAAUUGCCUGCUUACUUGGCUGCUGCCGAGUGGCAAAAACGUCAUGCUGCAUUGAUUGCGCUGGCUCAAAUAGCGGAGGGUUGUGUAAAGGUUAUGACUAAAAAUCUGGAGCAAGUGGUGGCAAUGGUAUUGAAUUCCUUCCAAGAUCAACACCCCCGUGUGAGGUGGGCUGCUAUUAAUGCAAUUGGGCAAUUGUCUACUGAUUUAGGUCCAGAUUUACAAACCCAAUACCAUCAACGGGUGUUGCCAGCACUAGCUGCUGCUAUGGAUGAUUUUCAUAAUCCUCGUGUACAGGCUCAUGCUGCUUCAGCAGUGCUCAAUUUCAGUGAGAACUGUACUUCUGACAUUUUAACGCCUUACUUGGAUGGAAUAGUUAGCAAACUACUGGUUCUUCUUCAGAAUGGAAAGCAAAUGGUGCAAGAGGGUGCCUUGACUGCUUUGGCAUCAGUGGCAGAUUCAUCCCAGGAGCACUUCCAGAAGUACUAUGAUGCCGUCAUGCCAUACCUGAAGGCUAUAUUGGUUAAUGCAACUGACAAGUCUAAUCGUAUGCUUCGUGCCAAGUCUAUGGAGUGUAUAAGUCUGGUUGGAAUGGCUGUUGGGAAGGAAAAGUUUAGGGAUGAUGCUAAGCAGGUUAUGGAGGUGCUUAUGUCUUUGCAAGUAUCUCAAAUGGAGACUGAUGAUCCUACAACAAGUUACAUGCUUCAGGCAUGGGCUAGACUCUGCAAGUGUCUGGGACAAGAUUUCCUACCUUAUAUGCAGUUUGUCAUGCCCCCAUUACUUCAGUCUGCUUCACUUAAGCCUGAUGUAACCAUUACAUCAGCAGACUCAGACAAUGAUAUUGAUGAUUCUGAUGAUGAAAGUAUGGAGACCAUCACCCUUGGUGACAAAAGAAUUGGAAUCAAAACUAGUGUCCUGGAGGAGAAAGCUACAGCUUGUAACAUGCUGUGUUGCUAUGCUGAUGAGCUGAAGGAAGGAUUCUUUCCAUGGAUUGAUCAGGUUGCAGGAACUUUAGUUCCGCUUCUAAAAUUUUACUUCCAUGAGGAGGUUAGAAAAGCAGCUGUUUCAGCAAUGCCCGAGCUACUGCGUUCUGCAAAGUUAGCCAUAGAGAAAGGACAAUCUCAAGGUCGGGAUGCAUCUUAUUUGAAGUUUUUGACAGACAGUAUUAUCCCAGCUCUGGUGGAAGCAUUGCAUAAGGAACCAGAUACGGAGAUUUGUGCGAGUAUGUUGGACUCAUUAAAUGAGUGCUUACAGAUCUCUGGGAUGCUUUUGAAUGAAAGCCAGGUCAAAUCCGUCGUUGAUGAGAUAAAACAGGUGAUUACAGCAAGUUCAAGCAGAAAGAGAGAGAGAGCAGAGAGGACUAAAGCUGAAGAUUUUGAUGCUGAAGAGGGGGAACUGAUUAAAGAAGAAAAUGAGCAAGAGGAAGAAGUUUUUGACCAAGUGGGCGAGAUAUUGGGAACUUUGAUCAAAACCUUCAAAGCUUCCUUCUUGCCGUUCUUUGAUGAAUUGUCGUCAUAUCUGACACCUAUGUGGGGAAGGGAUAAAACACCAGAAGAGAGGAGGAUUGCGAUUUGCAUCUUUGAUGAUGUGGCAGAACAGUGUCGUGAAGCAGCUCUAAAGUAUUAUGAAACGUAUCUUCCAUUCUUGCUGGAGGCUUGUAAUGAUGACAAUCCUGAUGUCAGACAGGCUGCUGUCUAUGGCCUUGGUGUCUGUGCAGAGUUUGGAGGAUCUGUGUUUAAACCUCUGGUUGGAGAGGCUCUUUCAAGGUUAAAUGCUGUGGUUCAGCAUCCUAAUGCUUUGCAACAGGACAAUGUAAUGGCAUACGACAAUGCUGUUUCUGCCUUGGGAAAAAUUUGUCAAUUUCAUCGUGACAAUAUCGACGCUGCCCAGGUGGUUCCUGCAUGGUUGAACUGUUUGCCAAUAAAGGGUGAUUUAAUUGAGGCCAAAGUUGUGCAUGAUCAGCUUUGUUCAAUGGUUGAGAGAUCUGAUGGGGAUCUUUUGGGUCCAAACAAUCAAUAUCUUCCAAAAAUUGUUGCAGUAUUUGUUGAGGUGUUAUGUGCCGGUAAAGAUCUUGCGACUGAACAAACUGCUGGUCGUAUGAAAAAUCUUCUCAAACAGCUUCAGCAAACUUUACCCUCUGCUCUAGCCGCAACCUUUUCAGCUUUGCAGCCACAGCAACAGCUUGCAUUACAAUCCAUCCUUUCUUCAUAGUAUGUGUCAGCAACUGGGAGUUUACCGAAUCUCUAUUGAAUUGGUUUGGUCUUCUUAAUAUUUAUUCCUCAUUCUUUGCCAUAAGAUGGUUUCCAUCAUUCAUUCUUGCAUGUUUCUUUUCACACCCCUGGCUUCAGUUUUGAGAAUGCAGAGUCAUAAUUGUGAUUGGUAAGGGAAACUUUUAUGCAAAAAUGUGUAUAUUGUAAUUUGUCAAUAGUGAGAUUUGAGUUUGAAAGAUAAGUGUUAGGCAUUUGUGGUGUGAGGAUAUUUGUUCUUUUUCCCCUUGUUUUUGCAUUUUACCAAAUGGGUGGUGAGAAUACAGGAUUGUCUUGAGGCAAUUCUGGCAGUUUUGGCCUAUUGUUUCUUCAUGUCAGACAUGGAAUGGAAUGUAUUGUAUUAAAUAUUCAAUCUGUUGAUCUAUCAAGGUUUUACUAUUUAUUUUAUUUUAUUUA